AUGGAUGAUAUUAUAUUUGGAUCUACUGAUGAUUCAUUAUGUGAGGGAUUUGCAAAUAUAAUGCAAGGAGAGUUUGAGAUGUCUAUGAUGGGUGAACUGAAUUUCUUCUUAGGACUACAAAUAAAGCAAGUGGAACGAGGAACCUUCGUUUCCCAAACCAAAUAUUGUAGAGAAGUACUUAAGAAGUUUGGAAUGGAUACCUGUAAAGAAGUCAACACCCCUAUGGCAACCUCUUGUUACUUAGAUAAGGAUGAAUCUGGCGAAGAAGUGAAUCAAACUAUGUUUAGAGGGAUGAUAGGAUCUUUAUUGUAUCUUACUGCUAGUAGACGAGAUAUUAUGCAAAAUGUUUGUGUGUGUACUAGGUAUCAAGCUAAUCCUAAAGAAUCACACCUAACAGUUGUUAAGAGAAUCUUAAAGUAUCUUAAAGGAACUACUUCUUUUGGACUUUGGUAUCCUUCUGAUGCAACACCUAGUUUGAUAGGUUAUUCUGAUGCAGAUUAUGGGGGAUGUAAAAUAGAUAGGAAAAGUACUUGUCAAUUUCUGGGUUUCUCUUUAGUGUCUUGGCACUCAAAGAAAAAAGCAUGUGUAGCCUUGUCUACCACAGAAGCAGAAUAUAUUGCUGUAGGAAACUGUUGUGCCUAA